AUAAACCAAUAGAAGAUUAUGUAGAAUCUAAUAAAUAUUUUUUUGAAGAAGAUAAUAUUAGUUACAAUAAUGAAUAUACUAUAGAAGAAUUAGAUAAAGAUAUAAAUUCUUGUGAAAAAUUUACUUCUGAAACUUUUAGCAAUAGUAUUAGUUCUUGUGAUGAAUUAAGUAGUGAUAAUUUAUCAAUAUCAGUUGAAAAUAAAUUUUUUGAAGAUAUUGCUAACAAAGCUUUAGAUUUAGAUAAAUUGUCACUAUAUUUUGAAAAUACAACUAUUGCAUUAAUGUUCAGUUGGAUACAAAAAAAUA